AUGACAACAAGAUUCAGUCUACCGGGAGCAUUUCCUAUUGAUGACGAAAUACCGUCUGCAUCAACCAAUGCUACAUUUUCAACAGUUUCCAACACAGCAACUGAACUAAUAGAAACUCAACAAAAAUUCCAAUUUAGUAAUAAUCAAUUAAUCCACAACAAGACAAAAUACCAAUUUGAUAUACUAACACAAAUUGAUGCUUUGUUAUAUAUUGUUAUUUUUUACCAAUUUGUGAAAUAUUGCCAUUCUGCUUGUUUAAUCCCAUUGAUACUUCAUUUAAUAUUGCAAAUAUUAUUGAAUUCAAAACUUGUGACCCAGAAUAGCCAGGUGCCUAAUUUCUUAUCAUUUUUGUCAAAUGAAGAUAGUCAGGACACCAGAGAAAGAAUAUAUGAGACAUUCAUACAUAAAUAUUGUUAUUUGUUGUAUAUAAAGACCAUUCUUGUGAUUUUGUACCAUACCUUAUUUGUUGCCACAUGGGUGAUGUAUUUGAUUGAUACUCAACAAUUGGAAAAGUUAAACCAUGGAACUUGGUGGUUUAUUUCAUUUAUUGGUGAAGAAACUCCUGUCGUCGACAAAUCAACCCCAUAUUGGUUAAAGUUGUUUAAGUUGGGGUUGUUUCAAUUGAUUUUCACCGAUGUAUUGAUCUUAUUUCUACAGUUGACGUUGUACCAGUGCAUUUAUAAACAAAGCGAUGCAUUUCAUUUGGAUCGACGUUUAAAUGAAAAAGAAGUGUACAUAAUAAGAACGAAUGCUGAUAGUGCUAGUGGUCUAGAUGAUCAAAGCGUAGUAGCAGAUAGUGAUGGUGUUCCUACAGUUUUGAAAGUACGAGUGUUUGAAUGUUUUCAAUCAGAUGCUUAUGCUUAUUGA